CCAAUACCUGUCCCGGAGCAGGCGUCCUGCGUUCUUGCCCCGCCGUAACCCAGGCAGCCCCCGGCCGCGCCGCCUCUCCCCGGGGCUGGGGGGCGCCGGGCGGCGGCCCUGGGCGGCUUUGGCUAAGUUGGCGGCGGGGCAGGAGCGGGGAGCGAAGCGCCAUUUGGGACCCGGGCCGUGCGGGGAGACAGCCCAUUGGCCGGCCAGCGCCACGUGGCCGCCCCCGACUGUAUAUUAGGCCACAAUUUACCCCCGUCUCGCUCGCCAUGGCUUGGCGACGGCCGCUCGGGUAGAGAGCGUAGGCGGAGCGGCGCAGACGGCGGCGGUCCUGCCCAGCCUCUGCCCGGCUCCGCACUCCGGCCCCGGCCUGUGCCCUCAGGAUAUUGGGGCCGGAACCAUGAGCUCCUACCUGGAGUAUGUCUCGUGCAGCGGCGGCGGCGGGGUCGGCGGCAACGUGCUUAGCCUGGCACCCAAGUUCUGCCGCUCCGACGCCCGGCCCGUGACUCUCCAGCCCGCCUUCUCCCUGGGCAGCGGCGACGGCGCCUUCGUCAGCUGUCUGCCCCUGGCCGCCGCCCGACCCGCGCCUUCGCCCCCGGCCACGCCCGCUCGGCCGCUCGCACCGCCACCGGCCGCGUCCGAGUACGCGCCGUGCAUCCUGGAGGGGGCCUACGAGCCGGGCGCAGCACCUGCCGCGGCGGCUGGGGGAGCGGACUACGGCUUCCUUGGGCCCGGGCCCGCGUACGACUUCCCCGGCGUGCUGGGGCGGGCGGCCGACGACGGCGGGGCUCACGUCCACUACGCCACCUCGGCCGUCUUCUCGGGCGGCGGCUCCUUCCUCCUCAGCGGCCAGGUGGAUUACGCGGCCUUUGGCGAGCCCGGCCCCUUCCCGGCGUGUCUCAAAGAGCCAGCCGAUGGCCACCCCGGUACCUUCCAGACCGCGUCUCCGGCCCCAGGCGCCUACCCCAAGUCCGUCUCUCCUGUCUCUGGCCUCCCCGCCGCCUUCAGCACGUUCGAGUGGAUGAAAGUGAAGAGGAACGCCCCUAAGAAAAGCAAACUCGCCGAGUAUGGAGCAGCUAGCCCCUCCAGCGCGAUCCGCACGAAUUUCAGCACCAAGCAACUGACAGAACUGGAAAAAGAGUUUCAUUUCAAUAAGUACUUAACUAGAGCCCGACGCAUCGAGAUAGCCAACUGCUUGCAGCUGAAUGACACGCAAGUCAAAAUCUGGUUCCAGAACCGCAGGAUGAAGCAGAAGAAAAGGGAACGAGAAGGGCUUCUGGCCACGGCCAUUCCUGUGGCUCCGCUCCAACUUCCCCUCUCUGGAACAAGCCCUACCAAGUUUAUCAAGAACCCAGGCAGCCCUUCUCAGUCCCAAGAGCCUUCGUGAGGCCGGGACUUGGGGCCAAGAAACCGUGGCCGGCAGAAGUCCCAGGCAACCCCCGCCCCUAUCUAGACUUAGGAGCUCAGUUUGGGAUGGAGGUGGGAGAACAAAAAUGAGUAGGGAUUUCACUAGGGAAAUGAAGUACUUUAGUUGGCUUCUGAGUUCCAGACUAUAUGUCCAGAUAUUAACUGGCUGUUUCCUAAGCCACUUGUUUGGUUAUGAUAUGUGUCUUACCAGGGAAAAGGUGACCAGCUGCCAGCCCAGCUCUGCUGCUGUCGUUGCCUCAGUCAUAUCCAAUUCUUGGUGCAGAGUGGCAGACUAUUAGUUGCUGAGUUCUGUCAGCCCUCUAAGUGAAGAGCACCUGCCCAAAGCUGUUCUGGUUUUAAUUGAAAGGACAAGGCUACAUGUAUUCAGCUUUUUGAGAUGACCAAAGUUAGUUAGGGUUUCCUUGAUAUAGCUAAGCUGCUUCAAUGAUCUUCACAUUUGCACUCCAGUUUUUUUUCUUUAAAAAGUGGUUUCUACCUCUCCAUGUGCCUAAGUGAAGAUACAAUCGCUAUUUAGUUACUAGCUGAACAAAUUCACAGAGUGUGUAAAGAGUAGAAUCUGAACUGUAUCUUGACAUCAGUUAUUCAAACUUGAAUGUAAAUAUAUACAUUAUGUAUAGUUUUUAAAAGGUUUGCUUGCAACGACCUUAUAAGUGACAUUUAAUGUCAUAGCAUGUAAAGGAUUUUUUUUUGUAAUAAAAAUUAUAGAAUCUGC